CUUCCCCUCUGCAAUGGCAACCAAUCAAGCCAGAGGCAAUGGGUAGAAAAGAGCAGAUGUUCUGUGCUAUCCAACCAGGACCAAGUUAACUACACUGGCUUACAACAGUUGCUUUAUUAUCCAUUUCUACCUUUUGACUGAGAAGAAGAUGAGGGUCAUCAAUAUGGUUCUUCUGCUGGUUUGUGCAGCCUUUGCUCAGUCCUUCAAGUCACAAGGUGGGGGGAGUCUGAGAGAGGAGGAGGCGGACAUGUGGGGGAACUACCUAAUGGACAGAGAUGACAACCAUGCUGAGAUCAAAGCUGUCCUUCCAGGUGUCUGCUUUGUGUGUAAGAAAAUCAUACACAAGGUCAAGUCCAAGCUGGCUGGUAAUAAAGACAGGGAUAACAUCGCUGCUAAACUGGACUCUAUUUGUCUCAGCUUGCGGACGCUCAAAGUCAUCUGCAAGAAACUGGUCAAAAAAUACAAAGAACAACUGAUUGAUGCACUUGUCAGUGAUGCAAGGGUUGCCUGUAAAAAAUUGAAGCUAUGCAAAUGAGAUACCAUUAAUCCAUGACUGCCCUGGUCACGGGUCUGAGCAUGCAUGUUAUGUCCAUUUCUUUCAGAUGAACACGCUGUCAUAGCUUAGCUUUACAUUAUUUUCAUACACAACUGUCUGGAUGGAAUGGCAGUCUUUAAAGUCACUUGUAUUGCUAAUGCAAUUUUCAUUGAAUUAAAUACUGAAACAUA